AUGGAUAGCCAAAGCAGUUUUUAUGAUCUAAGUCCACAUGAUAAGGAUAAUAAUGAGUUUCCGUUCAGUAACCUAAAAGGCCAAGUUGUACUAAUAGUAAAUGUUGCUUCUAAGUGUAACUUCACACCACAGUACAAUGAUCUACAGUACCUGCAUGAAAAAUACAGUUACAGAGGACUGAAAAUCAUAGGAUUCCCAUGCAAUCAGUUUGGCCAACAAGAGCCUGAAAACGAUGAAGUAAUUCAAAAAUUUUGCUUGUCCAAUUAUGGUGUUUCAUUCAAAAUCCUAAAGAAAAUCAAGGUGAAUGGACCUAAUGCUGAUCCUGUCUACACGUAUUUGAAGAAUGAGAUGCCAUCACAAAUAGGCCUGAAGGUAAUAAGAUGGAAUUUUGAAAAAUUUUUGGUUGAUAAACAUGGCAGAGUACGCCAUCGAUACUCUAGUUUAACCUCCCCUAAAUCUCUACAACGCACUAUAGAUCAAUUACUCGACGAUAAGUAA